AUGGUGGGUACUAGCUCAGCAAUUUUGGAGGUCUCGGGAAUGACAUGUGGUGCUUGCGUGGCCACAAUUGAGAAACAAGCGCAGUCAAUGGAGGGUGUGCAAGAAGUUGUUGUUUCCCUGGCCACAAAUGAAUGCCGAGUUAAAUUUGACAGUGAAGUCGUCAGUGCAGAGGAUGUUGUCACUGUAAUUGAGGAUUGCGGUUUCGACGCUCGGGUGGUUAAGGUACAUGAGUCACAAGCAUCGUGCAAAAGUGCGAGGUUUCAAAUACAAGGAAUGACCUGUGCUAGCUGCGUUAUGAGCAUUACUAAAAAUGUGCAAAAAGUUGAUGGUGUGCGGAACGUGGCUGUUUCGCUCGUUACGGAGGAGUGUUGUGUAGAGUUUGAAAAAUCGCGGGUGACUUCAGCAGAGAUUUGCCAAGUUAUAGAAGACUGUGGGUUUGACGCUAGACUACUUGAAGAACACGAACAGCAAGGGGUUGAAGAUGGGUUUGAUGAUAAGUCUUUAUUGCCGAACAGAAAACAAACGACUCUCAAAGUUGUGGGGCUGCAUGACGAUGCCGGUAAAGCGUCCAUAGAAGCGUCACUGAGCACAGAGCCAGGUGUGUCGAAAGUUGACGUGGAUUUGGAUUCAGCAUUGGUAACUUUACAUUAUGACUCCUCAAUCACAGGUGUUCGCUCUUUGGCGUCUAAAAUUGAUAACCUGGGCUUCCACAGUUCGCCCUCGAGCUCUUUCGACAACAUAGCGCAGAUCAAAGCUCUUGACAAGAUCCGCGAAAUUCGCUUUUGGCAAAAUUCUUGUAUCCAGGCUUGCUGCGGAAUGACACUCAUGCUUUUGUUAUACAAGCUGAUACCGAAAUGGGCUCCUCAAGUGAUGAGGAAUUUCUUCGUCUAUCACCAAACUCCACUACCUGGCCUCUUCUACAGGGAUAUAAUCGGACUAUUAAUUUCCUGCUACAUCCAGUUUUGGGUUGGUCGUCAUUUCUACAUAUCCGGCUGGAAGGCUAUAAGGCAUGGCUCGGGAUCUAUGGAUACGUUCGUCCUAAUAUCUACUAUGUGUGCUUUCUCCUUUUCUCUUUAUUCAUUGUCCACGAACAUAUGGAAGCGCUCUGAAAGGCUGCCGAACGUAGUGUUUGAUGCCUCUACCAUGCUAAUUGGAUUUAUAUCCGUGGGGAAGCUCCUUGAAAACAAGGCCAAGUCCCAAACUAAUAGUUCAUUGUCCAAGCUACUUUCCUUGGCUCCAUCAAACUGUACAAUAAUAGAGAACGAUACCCCCCAAGAGAUUCCCGUUGAGUACCUCCAGGUAGGCGACAUAAUAGAGAUCAAACCCGGCGCCAAGAUUCCAACCGAUGGCAUAAUAAUAGAAGGCGAGAGUGAGAUUGACGAGUCCUUGAUCACAGGUGAAUCGCUCAUGGUUCCCCGCUACGUAGGAUACACAGUGAUAGGUGGUUCAAUCAACGGACCCGGUCGAUUUCUUUUUAAAGCAACCAAAGUUGGUGAUGAUACAAAGUUAUCACAUAUUAUCCAGACCAUGAAACAAGCACAACUUUCCAAAGCUCCUAUCCAACAUUACGCGGAUUAUCUCGCAUCAAAAUUCGUACCUUUCAUUCUGACGCUCGCAUUGAUAACAUUUGUUUCCUGGUAUAUUCUCUGUCACACACUCGAAAACCCGCCCGUUAUAUUCGAUGAUCCCAAUGGCAAGUUCUUUAUAUGCCUUCAAAUGACCAUUUCUGUGAUCGUUGUUGCGUGCCCCUGCGCCUUGGGAUUAGCUGCGCCAACAGCGAUUAUGGUAGGCACUGGCCUCGGUGCCCGCCAUGGCGUUUUGAUCAAGGGCGGGGAAGUGCUUGAGAAAUGUAGCUCGUUAGAGACUUUUCUGUUUGACAAGACGGGAACGUUGACCACAGGACACAUGGUGGUUGAUCAAUAUGUUCCCAUGGGUGGCUGCAUAUCGCUGACACUUGAGCAAGCUGCUUGUAUCAAGACUAUCAGUGCCACCAGCGAACACCCAGUGGCCAAGGCUAUCUUUGACUAUACAUCUAGGUUCCUAGAUGACUCCACUAUGACCGCGAAAGUGCUUAAUAGUAAAUCUGUCAUUGGUGGCGGUGUUAUCGGUGACUGUGAAAUCAAUGGUGUGCAGACUACAAUCAUUCUGGGGAAUAAAUCCAUUUUGCAAAAUUGUUCUCUGUUACCUGAUCCCCAAGGAACCGUUUCCUUUGUUGAAAUCGAUGGAGAGCUCGUAGGCAGGUUUGAGGUUAGUGACCGCAUCAAAAAUGACUCGCGCCAAGUGGUCAACUACCUUAUCUCGAAAGGUCAUCGGGUAUGUAUGGUGACAGGAGACAAUCAUGGCUCGGCUAUGAAAGUUGCAUUAGAACUGGGCAUUGAUGCGAACAAUGUGUACAGUGAAUUAACUCCCUUUGAGAAAAACCAAAUGGUAGAACAACUCCAAGACGGUGGCCAAACGCAGGUUGCUUUCGUAGGCGACGGGAUCAAUGAUUCUCCAGCGCUUGUGACUAGCGACUUGGGAAUAUCAGUUUCCACUGGUACUGAUAUUGCAAUGGAAGCCGCCGAUGUUAUUCUUUUGAGCUCAUCAGAGCCAGACCUGGCUUCUCUUCAGCAGCUGGUUUACGCAUUGGACAUCGCAAGCGCUACUUUACGCCAAAUUCGUGUGAACUUCUUUUGGGCCGUUUGCUACAACGUAUUCAUGCUUCCUAUUGCUAUGGGCGUGCUGGUCCCUUGGAGUAUCACUCUGGAUCCAAUAGUCGCUGUUGCGUGUAUGGCAGCCAGCUCUGUUAGUGUUGUGGGAAGCUCGCUGCUGCUCAACAAGUGGAAGCCACCUUCACUUGAAAAUGCAAACCGACUAAGAUUCCGUACCACGGAUUCAUCAAGAUUUUUGCCCCCGUGGCUCGCUAGAAUAUUUCGGCGAAACCAAACUGCGGAAUUAGAUGACAUCGAGCUACAAACGGGCCUCAUGUCAUGA